AUGGCAACCUCAAACUCCAGCAAUACUUUGUCUUCCACAUUCUAUCUCACAGGUAUCCCUGGCUAUGAAGGAUUUCACCACUGGAUUUCCAUCCCAUUCUGUCUGCUCUACCUUGCUGGAAUAAUGGGCAACUGUACCAUCCUGUACAUUAUUUGGACAGACCCCAGGCUCCAUGAGCCCAUGUACUAUUUCCUGGCCAUGCUUUCUGUAACUGACAUGGGCAUGUCCCUACCCACAAUGAUAUCACUCUUCAGGGUGUUGUGGUCCAUUUCUAGGGAAAUACAGUUCAAUAUCUGUGUGCUCCAAAUGUUUUUCAUUCACACAUUCUCUUUCACUGAAUCAUCUGUGCUCUUGGCCAUGGCUCUUGACCGGUAUGUAGCUAUCUGUCACCCUCUGCGAUAUGCUAUCAUUCUUACCCCAAAACUUAUUGCCAAGAUUGGAAUUGCAGCCCUGCUCAGGAGUGCUAUUGCAAUAACUCCACUUCUGGCCCGUCUGGCCUUCUUUCCCUUCUGCCACUCCCACAUCCUUUCUCAUUCCUAUUGUCUGCACCAGGACAUGAUCCGUCUUGCCUGUGCUGACACCAAGUUUAAUGUUAUAUAUGGGUUGGUUCUGAUCACUGUGCUAUGGGGCAUGGACUCCCUGGGCAUUUUCACAUCUUAUGUUUUUAUUCUUCACUCAGUGUUAAGAAUUGCAUCCCGUGAAGGGAGGAUUAAGGCCUUCAACACAUGUGCAUCACACAUCUGUGCUGUACUCAUUCUAUAUGUGCCUAUGAUGGGGUUAUCUGUUGUUCACCGUUUUGCUAAACACUCCUCCCUGCUCAUCCACAUCUUUAUGGCUCACAUCUACUUAUUGGUUCCACCGGUGCUCAACCCAAUCAUCUAUAGUGUGAAGACCAAGCAGAUCCGGCAAGGAGUUCUCCACCUUCUUCUUCCCUGCAAGAUUAGUUCUGCAGUGAUGUAG